AAAUUCUGGAAAAACGUAAUUUCUGUCCAAUCUGUGCGCUCUGAAGUGACACAAUGGAACCUACGAGGAUAGAAAAGAUGGAGGCAGCGCGCGAGCGCACGCAUAGAAACUUCUACCUCUAGCUGGAGGCUGGUCAUCUAUUGUUUCUUAUUAAUUGUUUCUUAUUAAGGAAAAACAAAAAAGACAUCAUUAGUGAAGGAAAAUGCGAUCAAUACACUGAACAUGGACAAGGGUAGGAAAACUUUAAACCCGGAUUUGAUUUGAUUGUGCGCAAAUUACGCAUCGUUUCCUCUUCAACGACUGAGAUGUUAUGGGAACCCCUCUUUCUGUUGUGAGGGUGUGCUGAAUUUUUACAACUGCUGUCAUCUAAGAUUUUGUAUUUUUUUUWAAAUAUGAUGAAGAAGGACAUGAGUUUAAACCUGGCAAAUUCCACAAAUUUAAAGCCCAAUCUCCGCGACACCGAGAGCAUCCUCAUCUCCCCGGACCUUGGCCUGCUGAAACUGGCCACCCCGGAGCUAGAGAGACUCAUCAUUCAGUCCAACGGAAUGGUCACAACAACACCAACCUCUCAGUUUCUCUACCCCAAGUCGGUAACCGACGAACAGGAGUUUGCGGAGGGAUUCGUCAAGGCUCUCGAGGACUUACACAAACAGAACCAGCUGAACGGCGGAACGUGCGCUCAAACGAACAGUAUGGACUUAAGCACCAAUGUUGCUCCUGUCACCAUACACCUGGACCUACCCGUCUAUACGAACUUGAACAGUUAUGGCAAUGGGCCUUUGGGCACCACUGUCAAUUACUCCACAGACACUGUCCCCUUCCCACCACCCCCCUCUCAUCAUUUAGGCUCCACACAACAGCAAGCGCAUUCCCAGGUGCAAUCUUUGAAGGAUGAGCCGCAGACAGUCCCUGACGUGCACAGCUUCGGCGACAGUCCGCCACUGUCGCCUAUCAACAUGGACACGCAGGAGCGCAUUAAAGCCGAGAGGAAAAAGCUGCGGAAUAGAAUUGCUGCGUCCAAGUGUAGAAAGAGGAAACUGGAGAGGAUAUCCAGACUCGAGGACAAAGUUAAGAACCUAAAAACUCAAAACACUGACCUGGCCUCAACGGCAAAUGUACUCCGGGAACAAGUGGCUCAGCUAAAACAAAAGGUUUUGAAUCAUGUGAACAGCGGAUGCCAGUUAUCACCACAUCAAGUUCAAGUGUACUAGUAGCAGGAUGACAUUUGUCAACCAGCAUAAAUAAGCUCAUUAACCUUUUCUUGUUGGCUCUCAAAUAUGUCCACUAUGUGCAUGGAGCCAACGACGUAACAGACUGAAAGGACUUCACUAAUGUACGUUUUUGUAUACUGUUUACACAUUAUUUCUCAUGGGUGUACUUUACAUAGACAGUCCCAAGACUUGACCAAACCAGCAUAUCGUCAUUGUAUUACUAUAUCAUAGCCUUAUACUGAAAGUAAAAAGUAUUUGCAUGUUUAUUGACAAACUCGAAUGUUACCUAACAGGUUUGGGCACAUGUAAUUUCUUAUGCAUUUACAAGUUUACAAGCAAGCAUUUAUGAACAGAUUACAUGUACAUUUUAUAUUCAAUGCUCCACAGUGUCUUAUUUCAGUGUUUUCUUAUAUUAAUGUGAAGCUGUCAUCUUUUGUUGCACUGAAUAGUUUAUUUCACAUUCCUAUUUUUACUUGGAUUCUGAUAUCAAAUAAACUUUGCUUGAUAAUACAAGUUA